CGGCGGGAGUCUCGGGGCCCGGAGCUGUCCAGGCUUCCCCAGCCCGCCCCCCGCCUCUGUGACCGUCCGGACGCCGCUCGAGCCUCCGCAGCUCCCGCCACCCCAAGCACCCGGUCACCUGGAGACAAAGCAGGAGCCUCGCUCUCUCCACACCCGCAGGGCCGUUCUCAGCCCCUAGUCCUUGCUGCGGGCCGCCGACCCCACCCAGGCCGGCUGGGCUGAAGACCCCAAAGGCCGCCCCCUCCCUAGCUGCAGCACCGACCCUCCUCCAACUUCCUCCCUUUUUCUCCCGGUGCGCCGCGGACACGCUCCAAAUCUAAGCGAUCACCACGGCCACUGGCACGCAUAUCUGCGCGCACCCGUGGCCACUGCAGACAGCGAUCGUAUCCACACCCCCAUUCCCAGCGUCCCGCGGGUCUUCCACUACCAGCACCAGCACCAGCACCGAGUAACAGGCCUUCGAGGGCACCGCACCGCCAGCCAGCACAGCAAGUGAGUCGCGGUGCCCGGGUCUCUACGACAGUCCGGCCCCCGGAUGCAGCAGGUUCUGCUGCUCGAGGCUCGUCCACUGCGUGGCCGCGGCAGUCGGAGGAAGCCCUCGGUCUCCCGCUGUCUAUGGAUGGUGCGGCUGGUAUCGUCUGCAGCGCACUCGCAGACCGGGCCGGGCUCCCAGACACGUCCGAGAGAACGAACGCAGUAGCUGCCCUGAAACCUCGGCCUGAAUGGGUACAAGGAAAAGCCGAGUCCCGUCAGUUCAAUAACCACCUCAGUUCCGCAAAUCCUCGGCAACGGGCCCAAGCACCCGAGAAAAGUCAAGGCUCCAGACCAGCUCGUACCGCGCAGCCGCUACUCGGGGGUCUCCGGGAGCCGGCCGCGAGGCUCUGGCCGGCUGCCGCAGCCCAGUGUCGUGGAGCGGGGCCCCAGCUCCCAGGACAGAGCGGAGAGCACGCGCUGCCUUCCCAGCCGGCCCUGAGAAGCUUCACCACUCCCUCGCGCGGAAUCCCGGCCCGAACCGUACUUCGGCCAAGUGCCCGUAGCCUUUCCACGGAUGACCCCUCACCAAACUGGACCUGCAGGGGAAGGGAACCCGACCCGCCUGAUCGCCGCCUCCCGCCCAGCGACAAGUGGGACGGGUACGUGCAUCUCUGCCUGCACGUGCUCGGGAAGGGAGCAGGAGGUGGAGCCGAUCUGACUCCGGUGUUUGUGUUCCGUCGGCACCCGGCCCGCUCCCGGGGAUUCGGAGGUAUUUACCUUGCGUUUCUCAGUCCGAGAGUCAGAGUCAGACAUUGGGGGGACGAGGGCCAGGGAAAGGGCGCCGAGGGGGUGGCGGCGGGAGCGGGGCGAAGCGAGCAGCCCGCGGCGAUGCUGGCCGCAGUUGGGCUGGGGCGCGCAGAGCGACUUCAAGAAUCCGGUGGCAGUGGUGGCGGCGGCGACGCGAGACGGAGCGCUCUUACAAGAUCAGAACCUGGAGGCUGCGCGGAGCGAAGUGAAACCUGCACAGCCCUGCAGCUCGGCUCUGGCUGGUGGCCCCGCGCCCGCACCCAAUCACUGUGAGCUCCGCCCCCGCUGGGUCCCGCCCCGGCGCGCGGGCUGGCAAGCCCCGCCCCCGCCGCGCAGCAGCCGCUGGCGCUUUCAGGCUCCGACAGGGACACCUAGCCUGUCUCCCGCGCGGAACCUCCGAUAAGAGGCAGAGUCCUUGGCGGGGCGAGUGAAGAAAGAGGCCAGGAGCUGAUCCCCGGAGGCGUCUGUUCCGUAGCCCCGAAGCGAGAAGGGGCUGAGCGCAGAGCAGGAGACAGCCAGGAGACAGCCGUGGCCGGGGAGUAGGGGCAAGGUCGGUCGGGAGAUGGAACAUCCUGCCACGGGGGAGACCCGGUUAGACGGAAUAAAGAAACUCAAUUUAAGGAUCACCUAACCCCCCCCCCCCCCCCAGAACGAAGAAGGAAGGGCCCUCAGUUGCAGAGGAGCAAGUCAGCGAGGCGUUUGUCCCGCUGCUGGCCACCUCGGUCAGUUUUAUGCUGCAUAAGCAGACAUGGAACGUCAGCGAGACAGCACAGCCCCUGGUUAAAGUCCUCUCAGCACAUCCUCCCCCGAAUCCUGAGCGAAGUGUGGGAGGCCAGGGGUUCCCGGAUGGACUCAAGGACCCAUGGCCGGUUCUGCCUCGGGAUUUCGUCGCAAGAGGGAGAGGACGAGGGCGUGCACGCGGCGAAGUGGACGCAGAGGCCAGAUGUCUACCCUGACCGUGGCUUGGAGCUGCUGCCUUCGACCUCAGGUGGCGGCCACGGGUGAUCUCUGAGCCUUAGCCGCCCGGUGUAGUAGCACCCCGGGGAAAAUAACAGAACUCCUGUGCCCGCUGGGAGCCCCAAACCCGACCUAGUGCUCCGAGCUCUCCGUGGGGUUGGGCGACGCAGACGGGGACAGGAAAAGAACCACGCAGAAGCCGUAGUGGUUGUCAUCUGCUUCUGUGCAGCUCCGCCGCCCCCGCGUCGUCUGCUUUAGCGACCCUGUGAACACUUUAAAACAACAACAACAAAAAAUAAAACACACACACACACACACACACACACACACACACACACACACACACCAAAAAAUCAAAGGCAUCAGGGAAAGCAAAUGGUUAAGCGCACUUAUUUGGGACACGAAGAGGAGGUCGUCUCGGAGUCUGCUGUUCAUGCAGCCCAGACUGUGCUGGGGAGCUUUGGCAGAACUCCCCCGCGCUCUUCCCGCCCUCUCCCACAGGGGCCAGAGGUCCUCUGGAAAGGGACGGUGUGGGAAGAGCAGGUGGGCUCUCUGCUCUGGUCCGGUCCUGGAUGUCGCCCUCGCAGACACAAGCAGAGCUAUGCCCACUCCUGCCUCCGCCAGGAGAGGAGGAGAGGGAGUAAGGAGGAUGGCUUGGACUGAGAGAAAGGAGCAAGAAUGAAGUGGGGCAAUGAUCUGAAAAAUGAGAUAGGAAAUCUACAGCCCUUGCCCAGACCACAGGCGUUGCCGGUGUGGUGUCUCCGAGUUCCGAAAUCGACUUAACUGAAAUGUACGGCCCUAGCCCGCCUCCCCAUCCUCGGAAGUAGCCGGAGCGCCUUCCCAUCGCUUAAUGUCUUUAUUAAACUUUGUAUCUAUGCUCCUCUAAAGAACAGAUUACAAUUUCAUAUGGUAAAAAUA